ACUCACAUGCACAUAACGAUUUCACUGUUAAAAAGCUAUUUUAUGUCCUGUUGAUGUUAAACGCUUGCCAACCGCAACCCUACAAAGCCUACAUCUCGGGCAAAAAAAAUACUGUUUGAUUCAUAAAUGUUUGUGGAACUAUAUCACGACACAUGGCCGUGAUGCUUAUAAUUGGGUGAUUUGUUUGAAUGAUCAUGAAUCUGUAUAAAAAAGUUUAUUAACCAAUAAUAUCUGCUUUUAGAUACUGAUGUCAAUAAUUAUAGAGUCAUCGAUUGUGACUGCUUCGUAUGAAUACGAGCCGAAUGUUACCAAAUCACUUUCUAAUUCAUCUGACAUAAAAAAGGACAUGUACGUUAUACAUGCGAUGGUUUAUCAAGUGGGAAUUAUCACGAACAAGACAAACAAUGAAACCGACAGUAAUAUCGGAAAAGAAGAAGCAGUCACAUUUUUCCAUUCCAAUGGCUCAAAAAUUGACUUCAGUAAAAUACCCCAGCCGGUACUAACAAACGUGACUGCGCAAAGUUUAGUGGGCAUAGUACCAAGCUCGUCUGCGGAACUAAAUACGCCUUUGCUACCAAAUAUUUCAAAUCACUGGAAUAUUCUACAACAUACAGGCAAGUGUAAUGAUAUUUCAGGAAAGCCACUGAAUCAACAUGGGAUCAAUAAAAUGCAAGCAGAAGACGUGAACCAUAACCCCAGCCGAUUAUAUAAAAGAGAUAACGCUAUUAACGUAAAUGAGACCAUUAAGAUUGUAAAAGGAACUGCAUUGAUACCCAAAGAGGCUGGACUUCACUCUAUAGCUAUACCACCAUUACUGGCUCUUAAUAACAACUUCACAACAAUACCCGUGCCAAUUCCUAACACUUCUAUCGUACAUUACGCCAAAAUUAAUACACUUGUUCACAAUCCCGAAAUGUUGUAAAAUGGAUAAUCACCUAUUUUGUUGAAAAUAUAAAGCAGGUCGAUUUUAACGUUAAACACUAGCGAUUAAUAAUUAGUAAUUAGGUAUCUAUUAUAAUUAGGUAAUUUGUAUAGCAUUAGCGCAGAAUGUUUUUGGCGUUUAGCUCUAAAAUAAGAUAGACCACACAAAUAUUAGUAACUAGUAAACACAAUUCAGUUUAAGUUUCAUAGUAUUGUCUAUUCAUAGUUAAGAAGUAUGAAGCCAUAAAAAUAAAUUAUCAAGUUUAAAAAUAUGUCACAUUGGCGCAGUAUUAAAACGUAAGAAAAAGUGUGCCCUCUAAUAAUUUGUUACGAAAGGUCUUCCCCAAUCUACUGAUACUUAAUUAAUAACUGACGUAAUAUGAAUAAUAAAAUCAUCUUCAUGCAACAAUAGUUAUUAUUUUUACCAUUGCGGAAUAAAGGAGUUGCUUGUUACAUUACAAAACAAUAAAUAUUGAUCUGACACUUUAAAAAUAUAAUAUUUUAUUUUAGUGGAAAUUUUUUUCGUCAUCAAUAAACCCGUACGUAAUGUGUAAUUAUAUUAUCUUCUGGGUGUUAUAUGGUAGAAAAAAAGAUGAUAAUAUUAUUGACUAGGUGUUGUUCGCGAUUUCACUCGCGUAGUAUGCCUUCCCGCUGCUAAAGUCCCAACAACACCGAACAGUACCAACGCUAUUUAUUUUAAAAAAAUCUCCCAUGAGAGCAAAUAUGUUCAACCAGAACAUGCGUCUAACCAUUCAGUUGUUUCUGCGUUUCCUUUCCACAAACCUGAAAACAUCACAAAAUAAUCACAAUCUUUCGCAUUUAUAUUUUCUAUUAAUAAGACUUUUAAUCGACGUAUUCUCAAUUUAUAUUGUGAAAAAUAUUCAUUAUCCAAUUCAAUGCUAUUCAAAUUUCUAAUGUCAUACAAA